UCUAUGUUGAGAGUUGAAGUUGGAGAGUAGGGUGAUCGAUCCGAUCCAAUCCAAUCACAAAAAUGCAAUGGGUUUACACAAAUUAUAGUGCGCAACACAAUGGUUCUAAGUUUCAAAGUGCAAUUUGAUCAUUUAUAAAACUAAUCACCAAACCCAAAUGUUCGAUUUUGGAAUUUAUGGCCAUUUGGGCUGUUGGGUCCUUCGGAUUCUUCUUCUGCUGCAAACCCCUUUCGGACGCCGCUCGCCGUCGCCGUUUUCUUCGUCGGUCUCCACCUUAUGGAUUGCCACUUUACUCGGAUGCCAUACAUUCACAUGAGAUUAUUAGGUACAACAUUUACAGUUAAGCUUGCCCCGAAUCCUGCCCUCUGGAAGAUUUCUUAUUACCCAGUAGCCAAUAUCAAUUUUCCAUCUAAUGCUACGCCAAUUAAUCAUCAGAUGUCUAUAAUAAGGAGUGAUUCACUAUUUUCUCCUUUCAAUGUCUUCAACAGAACGAGUUCUUCACAAGCCUUCCUGUUUAUGGUUGAUGAGGGUAGAAAUUCCCACUUUGGUGAGUGCUACAAGUCUAAAUGUUCCUCAUGUUCUAUUGAGAAGCAGGUUUUGAGCAACAAAGAUGAUUCCCCAGAAAAUCUUGAGACUGAAAAUGACAACGAAUGGCAAAGACGAAAAAAGAUAGGACUUGCAAAUAAAGGGCGAGUGCCAUGGAACAAGGGCAAGAAACACAACCUGGAAACUCGUAAACGAAUCAAGCAGAGAACAAUUGAAGCCUUGAGAGACCCUGAGGUGAGAAGGAAGAUGUCCGAAUAUCCCCGCACUCACAGUGAUCAGGUCAAGGUUAAAAUUAGCUCUUCACUCAGACGUGUUUGGGGAAAGAGACUAUUGAAGAAGAGAUUAAAUGAGACAUUCUUUCUAUCGUGGAUGGAAAGCAUUGCUGUUGCUGCAAAGAAAGGAGGGAAGGAAGAACAAGAACUCGACUGGGACAGCUACGACAAGAUAAAACAAGAAACACUUCACCAAGAGCUUCAACGGGUUGCAGAGAAGGAAAAAUUAAAAGCGAUGAGAGCAGAGAAUGCAAAAAUGAGAGAAGUCCAAAGGAGGGUUCGUAAGAAAGAAAAAGGGGAUGACAAUGCCAAAACAAAGAAGUUGAAAAUGUGUUCCAGAAGAAGAGAUGCGGGGAAAAGAAAGGGAAAAGAAGAAGAUGACAACUUGAGAAAGAUGAAGAAAUCGACUACCAUUGAAAGAUCAAAGCUUAAGCAGAGAUUGAAAAAGAUUCGCAAAAAGAUUUCCAUAAAUGGUGCAGUCACUACUCAAGGAAGUAUAGCAUCAGUGGCACCGCAAAACACAUCCUGGGAAACACUGGAUCUGGAUCUUAUAAAGAAAGGUCAAAUGAGAAAAGAAGCAUCACUGGCAGAUCAAAUUCAAGUUGCUAAGAAUAGAAAAGCUGAAUCUACAGCCUGCAAAGUUCUUAUAGCAGCCUCUACUUUGGCAUUCCAGUGCACCGGGGUUGCGGAAAGAUAACCUUCAACUGUUCUUUACUGCUUGCAAGAAGAGCAACUAUCUGGUGUCUGAAGGCGCCUUUUCCUCCCAUUCCAGAUUCUUGGAACAUUUAGAUCCAUUAGAGUUAUACGAAGAUCGUUCGAUUCUACACAAGUAAAAAGGUUAAAACUCAGGAGUGUUGAAAUACUUGAAGAAAAGGCAGUGACAACAACUGACGAAAACUUUUACAAUCUGUAUUAGCAAAAGCUCAAUGUCCAUGGCAGCAGAAAGAAAAAUUGACUUUGCCCUUUUUCCCCUCAACUUUUGCAAUUGAAUUAUAGAAAAGAAAAGUUAACAAUGGAAAGCAUUUGACA